AUGGCGAAAACUAAUAUUCUGGACAGUACGAAAACUGAUAUACUGGGUAUAUAUACUGGACCUCCAAGCGAAGAAGUGUCUAUUACUAUUCCUGAGCUGGUGCUAACGAGCUCACCCACAAAUCUAGAGGCAAAGGUAAUUACCGGACAAAUACUCAUUGAAUUCGUGCCUGUACCAGAGGAAGAAUUCAAGAUGUUUGGCGAGAACAAAGGGUGCAAGAUUACCCUUUGUAAAGUAAAGGAAAUCACACAAACAUGUCUUUCGAGGCGUGCUCCAGCGCAGUCACGCAGCGUGGAAUUCAUCGAUUUCGAUGAAUACGGUUUGACUGAUGCUCUGUUUAUUUUUAUAUUGUUUUCCUACAAAACUUGCUCCGGAAAAUGA